AUGUCUCCCAUUGACCUCCGCAACCCCGGACGCCCGAUCCACGUCGGUGUCAUCGUUUUCGACACAGUGACCGAGCACCUCGAUGUUGCUCCUGUAGGAUACUUCUCUUCCAUUAGUUCGGACUUCCUCAAAGAUGCCCCUCCCCAGCUCCUCCCCGACGAACUGAAGCGGCAAGCUCCCAAUUUCGUCUUCCACUGGGUGACCGAGGAUGGCAAUAAGCCAGCGAAUCUGACUGGUAACACGAAGGUUGUUGCAACUGACUCCUUCGACACCUGUCCAGCCCUCGACAUCGUCGUCCUGGGCGCCAUGCCCGCCAGUUACCAGCCCAGCCAGACCGAGUUGGCGUUCCUGCGCAAAUCUUAUGAGGACUGCACCGCGCUCCUUCUGGUCUGCGGCGGAUUCCAAGCCGCCCUGGCCGCCGGGAUCUUGGAGGGAAAGACCGCCACGGCGCCGCGGCCGGUGCUCGCCAUGGUGAAUCAUAUGGCGCCCGGAACCAACUGGGUGCAGAAGCGAUACGUGCGGGAUGGAAAAGUCUGGACGACUGGAUCUCUGCUGAACGGAUUUGAUAUGGUUGCGGCGUUUGGGAGAGAGAUUUGGGGGGGACGCGGCUCUUUCCUUGAGAUUUUGGAACCGGAAGGUGCUUGGCCCAAUAGGGAUCUUGAUUAUAAGGAUACUACCGAGUGGAAGAUGUAA